GGGCCAUCAAGAGCUAAAUAGCACCUGGAGACACUGGACAGGACCGGGAAGAUAGUCAGCAGUAUUGAACGAAAAGGGAAACGAAACGGCACAGUGUGUGUAUGUAAUUAGAGCCUAGUGUCAAGUUGUAAACCAGUUGUGCGUGCGUGCGUGUUUGCUGCUGUCGUGUGUUGUGUGCGUGCGUAUGUGUACCAAUUGCCGCUAUGGGAUCGCGAUCCUUUUGAGCGGUUCGUCACCAACGGCACACACUCACACCCAUCAAACGGACAAGGAGAAGCAGCCAGUCAGCUAGCCAGCUAUCGACAACCGGAACAGAGACGGGGUAUCACUUUAAAGCGUGGAACGUAUCCAUCCAUCGUCCAUCAAAUGCAGACGGUUUAAAUCUGCUUCGAAGAAGAAGAAUAUCCCUGGCCGACUUCUGGAGCAGGAGUGAUACAACGUGUGUCAGAUAGCGAUUUUAAAGAGUAUCACGACCACCAAAAGAAUCCUCCUCGUGUGCAAGUGGGAAGUUUGCCUCAGCUAUCAGUAUUGCGAUUUCGUUCCGCUAUCCAAUCCAUUUUGCGUCCAACACCUUUGACCAGGGGCAAACGUUCUGCGACCAUCAACAUAUACACUCGCGCACUCACAUCACACAUCCACACGCAGCGAACCCGAAGAACCAUUUCGAAACGUGGAAUUCGUCGACAAUAGCGGGACCGCACCACCAAAAUCACUCAAUGACGACGUGCACGUUCCAGCAAAAAAAGAGAUCCUAACUCCACAACAAUCAAUCGGAAGUGGAGAACCCGAAACAAACGAAAGAACAAAGAGCUCACCGUUUUUAUCAAUCAAUCAAAAGCUCUAGUGGGACGAGCGAAAGGUAACAGCGAAAAUGCCGAAAUGUGACGUUAAGACGAGAUAUAUCCCUGCCACCUUCGCCUGGACCCUGCUGCUUAGCACCACCUUCCUGUUCUUCUGGUACCCAUGUCGCCAGUUUUACAUCCAACGGCAUCCAUGGGUACCGGCGUACCAGGCCGUCAUCACGUUCUUCGUCAUAGCCAACUUUACGCUGGCAACGUUUAUGGACCCAGGCGUUAUCCCGAAGGCACCACCGGACGAAGAUCGGGAGGACGAAUUUCGUGCGCCGCUGUACAAAAAUGCCGAAAUUAAUGGUAUUACGGUGCGAAUGAAAUGGUGCGUUACGUGUAAAUUCUACCGGCCGCCACGCUGCUCCCACUGCUCCGUGUGCAACCACUGCAUCGAGACAUUCGACCAUCACUGCCCGUGGGUAAACAACUGCAUCGGACGGCGUAAUUAUCGGUUCUUCUUCUUCUUUCUCAUCUCACUAUCGGUGCACAUGCUGAGCAUAUUUUCACUCUCGCUCGUGUACGUGCUGCACAAGGAAAAGGACAAGCUGACCGAGGUGGAACCAAUCGUGGCCAUGAUUUUGAUGGCCAUCGUGACGCUGCUCGCCAUUCCGAUAUUCGGACUGACCGGUUUUCAUAUGGUGCUGGUUUCGCGCGGUCGCACCACAAACGAGCAGGUGACCGGAAAGUUUAAAGGCGGUUACAAUCCAUUUUCGCGCGGCUGCUGGAACAACUGUUGCUACACCCAGUGCGGACCACAGUACCCGAGCUUGCUCAAACCACAAAAGUACGUGGCCCGUCGUUCCAACAAGGAAAAUCAAUCGAUCAGCACCAUCACCAAUGACGGUGGUCCCGGCGGUGGUGGUGGUAAUGAUGCUGCCGGUUCGGGCCGCCGGCAUAUGCCGAACAGCGGUCCCGGCACCCAGCAACAGCAGCAGCAGCAACAGCAGGCAUUGAAUCAGGGCGGUGGCAUCUACGAUAAUAACCGGCACACGCAGGUAAAAACCUAUAUGGAUCAUGGAAAUGGUCACGGUAUACGUACAGUUGGAUCCAGUCAUUACAGUAAGUCCGCGACGGAUUACGUGCAUCUCGUUUCAUCCCAUUCCGUUUCGCUAAAGGCACUCGCGCAAGGCACCGCUGACGAGCUGUCACCGGGCCGCGAAUGCUCCGACAUCGAUAUGGAACCGCAGGCGUCCCAGAGCCGGGACUGCGAACCGACACCUCCGCUGCAGCGUCACGGGUCGAAGAGCAACUUCUUCCUACCACCGCUGGACGGUCCACCGGUCGGAAUGGCGUCGCAGGUAGGCAGUGGGGGUGACUCGCCACGUCAGCAGCAGCAGCAGCAUAUGCGGAUGUACCAUCCGCGGCAUAGUCCCCAUCCACGGCAGCGAGGACUCGAUCCGUCGCGCAGCUUCACCCCCGAGGGUCUGUCACCAGACCAUCCCGGAGGUCCCGGUGGCCCGCCACCGAUGAUCACGAUACAGUCACAGCAGCAGCAGCAGCAGCAACAGCAACAGAGUGCUGGGCCUCGUGGAGGAGUUCCGCCGUCCUCGGCAACACCGACAAUGCAGCAACGCAUCAAGGCGCUCGGAGUCGCCACACCCCUAGCCAUGUCCAGUCCUGUCCGAAGAUCGAACCCAGGCACACCGACGCAACCGAGGAGGCCCGAUUUCAUCAGCGUUGGCCAACCGUCCCAGCUGCAGCAACAGCAGCUUGGUGGCAGUGGCAGCAUGACCGGCAAUUACUACGACUUCCCCCUGCAACCUCAACAGCAGCAGCAACAGCAGCUUCCACCACAGACGAUGGCACUGCACCAGACAUCAGGUCUUCCCCCACAACAUCCUUACCAUCAGCAGCAGCAACAGCAGCAGCAACAAUAUCCGAUGGUACAUCAUAACGGUGGUCUGGCCGGACCGGGUGGGCAGCCGCCUCAGCAGCAAGCACUCCGGGGUGGCACCUCUGGACCUUCAGUCGUCUAUCAUCAUGGUAGCCCGCAGCGGCGCUACCUGUCCGAGGGUGAGCUAGUCCGGCAGGGUGCCGAACUGUCCUACGCCCGCAACAACCAGACGUCAGACAACAUCCGGGAGCUUGCCGGCAGUCCGCAGCGCGGUGUCUACCUCUGGAAGGACACGUCGCCCGGCUUCAAUCAAACGAACGGUGGCCAACAACCGUCCGUCUCGGUCUACCAGAACACACCCAGUCCAACAGCACCGCAUCAACAGCAGCAACAGCAACAACCGAUGCCCCAAUCGAUGGCACCCUUCGGCACGGUGAGCGCCGCCCGGUAUCAGCUCCAGCAGCAGCAGCAGAACAGUCUCGCGAACAGUAAUAUCGGUGGUGGUCUUGGUGGUGGAGGCGGUCUCGCCAGCUACCAUCCCGCACUGCGCGGUGGUGUGCCGGUCUUCCCGCCCCAACCACCGCUCCAGCAGCAGCAGCAACAACAGCAACAGCUACUAGGCCAACAUCCUCAGCAGUCCCAGCAGCAGCAGCAGUCCGGUGUCGGAUUGAACGGUCCAGGUGUAACCGGACCACAGGCACCGUCCCCGUCAAUCAAGCGCAAAGCAACCCCUACCCGGCCCAUGUCGUUCGUCCGCGCACUGGAGAUGACUGACUCGAUGGAGAUGGGCGGCGGCGGAGCAGGUGUUGGAGCAGGUGUUGCACCGGGUGAUAUUCCGGGUGGUCCAGCACAGCAGGGCGGUGGGGUGUUGCGAGGUGCAACAACCAACAACACCUCCACCACCACCACUACCAACUCCCCACCCGAUCAGCGGGCCAGCGUGUAUGAUAUGAAUUACGAGAUUUCAGUGUAGAAAGAGCUGUAAGCGAGCGCCACUAAGGCUGCUAGGUUAGAUGGAGGAGUCGGGAAAGUUAGUGAGUGGACGGCACUCCAAUGCGCAGACAGAUCAGCACACAAACACCGCAAAUUAUGUUGCUGCUGAAGGUAUCGGAACUACUUCCUAUCUUCCAUACAAGCGUAUGUGUGUGUGCUGUUGGUUGUACACAUUGAGCCUGUUGCUAUAGUGUGAGGUAUAAUGGGUGCAAUGACUCCCCACCCGAAGGGAAAGCAAUGACUUAACCAGCGACAUCACAAUGCGCGUGUGCGCAAAAAGCAAUCACACGUCAAUGUCCAGUGAGCGCUUACUCAAACCCUCCUUCCCCAUCCCCAUCCACACCCUCCCUCCUUCCUUCACCCUACCGUUUUCCCCACAUCCGGGUUUUUUUGCUAUUACGUGUAUUUAUAUUUUGUAUGUGUAUAUAGAUACAUGUAUACAUGCAUACACACACAGGCAUGUGCACACACACACACACAAGCUUAGCUGUGUUUAUAUAAGCAAACGAACGAAUGGCAAACGAAAGAGUUUUUAGAUAAUCGCUGUUGUUAUCUAGUUGUUAGGAAGUCAUCACACCUUCACCAACGCUUCAGCCCGUCCCUACUAGCGUUAUCUAUUUCUCUUCAGAAAGAAUCAUGCUUUAACAAGAAUGUGCGUACGUGCGUACGAACAUCAAAACCAACAGAAAAGGGCUAUUGCUAUUCCAAUAGUGAGUUCCGUCCUAUUGACAUAGAGCGCCCUCUAUGAGGAUUUUGUUGUAUUAAACACCGUUUACGUCGCUUUGCUUCCCACCUUUGUUAGUAGUAGUUGCGUGAUAGUAGCGUGACGCAUUGCGAGAAACGCCCUCCACGCUCUCUCCCCUUUUUUCUAGUCCUAGUGUUUCAUUGUAUCCUUGUGAUCUCGCGCGUACGCCUCACAUACGUCACACACAAGUACACGCACACACCUAGAUACAUGGCGGUGUGCUGUGUAGAGUGUAAACCACCCGCUUCGAGUGGAAUUGUUUUAUAUAUCUUCUUCCCCAUGUUAGAGCGCCCUUUCGGAAGGGUGAUGAGUAUUGGGACGUAGGGCACAGAACGGUGAAGGUUGUUAGUUUGUUUGUUUUUUUAGGUUAGAAUUAUUUUUCUGUUGAUGUUUCACCGGACAUGUGUGGGAGCGCGCACACGAUACUGUUGUAUGUGUAUGGUUUUGUGUGUGCAUGGAAACGUGUAAAAGUUUGUCACAAAAUGGCGACUUACAGCACACACUCAAACUCACACGAAUCAAAGCGUUACGAUCACAAUUUCUUAGAGUGAUCAAAUCGAACCGUCAAUGCGCAGCGGUGCGUUUUAUAAGGAGUAUAGAUAUGUGUGUGUGUGCGGGGUGUCUGUAUGUGUGUAUAUAUUUAUUUAUGUAUGUAGAUGUUUAAGUACAGCGCGUUUGUAUAAGGGUAUGCGGGUUUUGCCUGCAUUCGAUACUUUUAGUGAUCCGUGUGCGCAAGGAUGAAUGAAGUGCGUGCGUGCGCACGUAAGAGUGUGUGUGUGUGCGUGAGCAUGUGUGUUUGAGUGCAGAUGUUAAUGAUGCAAGAUGGCACCAUCGUGCAGCAGCUUAGUGAGAGAACAAGGACGCGUGGUGCGUAGUUAGUAGUGUGGUAAGGUAGUAAUUUAGUGUGGUUAGGUUAGGCAAGGCGCAGUGUAAAGCGAGAUCCUGUCAAGAAAAGAAACAAAAUGAACAAAUGUAUAAUAUUUUUUUUCUCCCA